AUGAACAACAACAAGAGAUCGAAACUCUCGACGGUGCCCUCGAGCAGGCCCAUACGGGUAGGGUUUGUAGGGCUUUCGAGCGGGAAAGGAUGGGCGUCGAAGACACAUUUUCUGGCGAUCCAGCAGCUUUCGUCGCAGUUCCAGAUUGUUGCGAUGUACAAUUCGACGGUGGAAUCGAGCUUGCACACGAUCCAGAAGUUGCAGUUGAAGCAUGCGACGGCGUUUGAUUCGCUAAAGUCGUUUGCGCAAUGCAAGGAUAUCGAUAUGAUAGUGGUUAGCGUGAAGGUGCCGGAGCAGCACGGGAUUGUUCGGAGUAUACUGGAGCACUCUGUGAACAACUUAAACUUACGGUAUUUGUAUGUGGAGUGGGCGCUAGCGGCGAAUAUCGAGCAAGCGGAGGAGCUCUAUGCGCUAGCGCAAAAAAGGACGAACUUGCAGACGGUGAUUUGUCUCCAGGGCCGGAAGUCGCCGUAUAUUGUGCGUGCGAAGGAGUUGAUCAGCGAGGGGUGCAUCGGGGAUAUUAACUCGAUCGAGGUGUCUGGGAAUGGGGGUUGGUACGGGUACGAACGGCCCAUGCGGUCGCCUGAGUACUUGUACAACGUGGAAGGUGGUGUCAACUUGGUUUCCAACUCGUUCGGCCACACGAUAGACGUGUUACAGUACAUCACAGGAUCAUAUUUCCGCAAGAUCAACGCAAUGAUAUCAAACAAUAUUCCGACACAGUGGCUUCUCGACGAAAACGGGAAACGAACCAAGGAAACCAUCUCGAAAACGUGCCCGGACCAUCUUUUGUUCCAAGGAGUGCUCGAGCAGGGGCAAGUGCCCGUCUCGUGCUCUUUCAAGGGUGGUACCCCGGCCAAAAAAUUCACCAAGAACCUUGUCAUAGACAUUCACGGCACCAAGGGCGACUUGAAGAUAGAGGGAGACGCCGGUUUCGUAGAAAUCUCAAACCUAGUGCUCUAUUUCUGCGGUGUCAAGAACGGCAAUGGCAAUGGCAAUGGCAAUGGCAAUGGCAAUGGCCCAACUGCCACUGCAACCACUACUAAUAGUACGUCUACGCCGACACGCAAGGUAUCGCCCACUCCGUCAGGAUCGCCUCCAGAUGAAGAAGAAACUAUGGAGGUGUUCCACCUCAGAAACUACAAUAGCGUUGUAGGCAACAUACUAAGAAUUUACGAGUCCAUCGCAGACUUCCACUUCAGAGGAAAACCCGGCUCAAAACCGCCCAGGGGUCCAGACGACUUGUUGUUGAGCAGCAGGUUCGAAAGGCAGGGAUUCAGAUUUGAAGGUUUCCCGACUUUCAAAGACGCAAUUAUAUUACACCGUCUCAUAGACGCAGUCUUCAAAAGCGAUAAAGAAUCAAGAACCCUUGAUGUGUCGGAAAUAACCAUCUAA